AGCUCCCAUCUUCACCACUACACUCCGCGCAAAGUUUUCCUCUCCAUAGUUGAUCAUCAGUUUUCUUUCGCAGGCCGACCGGCCUUCAUCUGACCAUCAUGGCAUCAGAGCUCAGCGAGGCCAUGCAACGAUUGCAUCUAGGCGAUGACGCCUCCUUCGAUGCCAUCGAUGACAUACUAGACAGCACAGCACCCAGAGAGCCGCAGCAGCAAGAUGACCUCGACCAACUGCGCGUGGAGCUCGAGCAGAAAUACCUUUCCCCAUCGACCACGUUCUCCACCCAAUGGCUGGACAAGCUCCAGCAGCGCUGGGACGCGCCCGCCGACUACUCGCUCCUCUUCCGCAUCGCCCCGACCCAGUCCCGCACCGUCACGCGCUUCAUCCGCCACGGCCUCGAGGGCCGCGUCACCGGCUACCGCAACGUCACCGUCCCGGCGUCCCACGCCACCGCCAAGACGAGCACCUCGAUGCUGCGCAAGCCCGCCAGCCGGGCUGAGUUCGUGCGCGGCGCCGCUGGCUUCUUCCCCUUCGCGCCCGGCGGCCUGGACGGCAUCGAGUCGACGGCCGCUUUUGAGGAUCAGCUGCGGACGACGCAGGCUGCUGCUGCGGACGAAGUGGAUAGCAGGAAGAAGCUGGAGAAGGUCAUCAAGCUGGGCGAGGGCGGGCUGCUCGAGGUGGCCCCGGGCCUGAACCGGGGGAUUGACUUCAGCAAGAGGAGGAAGAUUGCCGAUGCUGAGAGCGAGCGGCAGGCCAAGGAAGUGGAGGAAGUGCUGGGCCAGGAACCGGAGGCCGCGCCUAAGGGGAGCGACGAGGAGGGCCAGCGGACGCCGUCCAGUGGCGAGGAAGCCGAGGAUGGGGGUGGACAGGAGGAGGCGGAGGACAUUGACGUCAUCCUUCCCGUCGAGUUCCCUGCGCUCGAGCCUCGCGGCACACUUGCCGCGUCCAGCGCUAGGCGGGCUGGGCGCGAGUGGGCUCACAUGGUCGACAUCAAGCGGGACAUACCCAACUUCCGGGAACUGGUACCCGAUAUGGCCAGGGAGUGGCCCUUCGAGCUGGACACGUUCCAGAAGGAGGCUAUCUACCACCUGGAGAACGGCGAUUCGGUGUUCGUCGCGGCCCAUACGUCGGCGGGCAAAACGGUCGUGGCAGAAUACGCCAUCGCCCUCGCCGCCAGACACAUGACCAAGGCCAUCUAUACCUCUCCGAUCAAGGCGCUGAGUAACCAAAAGUUCCGCGAUUUCAGGCAGACCUUCGAUGAAGUCGGCAUCUUGACGGGCGAUGUGCAGAUCAACCCGGAGGCUAGCUGCCUCAUCAUGACGACCGAGAUUCUACGGAGUAUGCUCUACCGCGGCGCCGACCUCAUCCGGGACGUCGAGUUCGUGAUUUUCGACGAGGUCCAUUACGUGAACGAUUACGAGCGCGGCGUGGUGUGGGAAGAGGUCAUCAUCAUGUUGCCCGAGCAUGUCUCUCUCAUCCUGCUUUCUGCGACCGUUCCAAACACGUACGAAUUCGCGUCUUGGGUUGGCCGGACGAAGCAGAAGGACAUCUAUGUCAUAUCGACGCCGAAGCGUCCUGUUCCCCUGGAGUACUACCUCUGGGCCAACAAGAACAUCUACAAGAUCGUCGAUUCGGACAAGAAGUUCAUCGAAAAGGGCUGGAAGGAUGCCAACGCCGCGAUCCAGAACAGGGAUAAGGCGAAGGCCAUUGGAGGGCCACCAGCAGGGCCAUCUCGCGGUAAUGGCAACCAAAGAGGAGGAGGCCGCGGCGGCGCACAGAGAGGCGCCAAUCAACAGCGUGGCGGCGGUAGAGGCGGCGGCCAGCAACGAGGAAGGGGCGGGCCGCCCCGCGCAAGCCACGCUCCGGGCCACAUGGGCCGGACAGGCAGGCCUGGCGGAUUCACGUCGGCUGCUCAGGACAAGAACCUCUGGGUGCAUCUGGUACAGUUCCUGAAGAAGCAGAACCUCCUUCCGGCCUGUAUCUUCGUCUUCUCUAAGAAGCGGUGCGAGGAGAACGCCGAUGCCCUCAGCAACCAGGACUUCUGCACCGCCAACGAGAAGAGCGCCAUCCACAUGAUCAUCGAGAAGUCGAUUGCGCGGCUGAAGCCAGAGGACCGGGUUCUGCCUCAGAUUAUUAGGUUGAGGGAGCUGCUGUCCCGCGGCAUUGCCGUUCAUCACGGCGGGUUGCUGCCCAUCGUGAAGGAGCUUGUGGAAAUCCUGUUCGCCCAGACCUUGGUGAAGGUUCUCUUCGCCACCGAGACCUUCGCCAUGGGGUUGAACCUUCCUACCAGGACUGUGGUGUUUUCCGGGUACAGGAAACACGACGGCCACCAGUUCCGGAACCUUCUGCCCGGAGAGUACACCCAGAUGGCCGGCAGAGCCGGACGACGUGGUCUUGAUACGGUCGGUACAGUCAUCAUUGUUCCGCCGGGAGGAGACGAGGCCCCUCCCGUGUCCGAUCUCCGGCAGAUGAUGCUCGGCGAGCCUAGCAAGCUCCGGUCGCAGUUCCGGCUGACGUACAACAUGAUCCUCAACCUCCUCCGCGUCGAGGCCCUCAAGAUCGAGGAAAUGAUUAAGCGUAGUUUCUCCGAGCACGCCACUCAGCAGCUCUUGCCGGAGCAUGAGAAGGCAGUCAAGCUUUCGGAGGCGGAUCUGGCCAAGGUCAAGAGAGACGCGUGCCCGGUCUGCGAUGUCCACAUGGACGAGUGCCACCAGGCUGGAGAGGACUUCAAGCAAUUGACGGAGGAAUUGUAUCGCAUGUUGCUGGUCAACCCUCUGGGUCGCAAGAUGUUCUCGCCGGGCCGACUUGUUGUAUGGAUGAAGGAAGGCGUCCGCACGGCCGGCAUUCUCCUCGCCGAGGGCGCCAGCGUCAAGAGCAGUGCUACGAACCCGACACUACAUGUUCUCGAAAUCAGGACCAACCGAGAGGUCCGCAACGACACGGAUAUCCUCCCCUUUGUGGGGCCGUUUAGGAAACACCUGACGCCGCUACCACAGGCCAGGAAGCACAUCUCAACCAAGACACUGCACGUGCCGAUCAGCGACCUCGUUUGCCUCACCAAGUACGUCACCCGGGGUGUCCUGCCGGAUAUCUUUGGCGGAGACGGUUACCAGCAGGCGAAGGAUAAACUGCACCAGAUCUGCCGAUCGUGGAACCUGGACCACUGGGACGAAGCCGACUUCGGCCGGAUCAAAAAUCUGGCGGUCCACGACAUCAUCAACAAGCGGCGCGAGGCCGAGAUCAAGGUGAUCAAGUCCCCGGCGGCCAAGUGCAACGCCUUUCUGAAGCACUACGCCAUGUGCCACGACCAGUGGCUGAUCAAGACGCACAUCGAACAACUGCGGCAGACGCUCUCGGAGCAGAACCUCCAACUGCUGCCCGACUACGAGCAGCGCAUCCAGGUGCUCAAGGACCUCUCCUUCAUCGACGACGCCAGCCGCAUCCAGCUCAAGGGCAAGGUCGCCUGCGAGAUCCACUCGAGCGACGAGCUGGUCCUGACCGAGCUGAUCCUAGAGAACGUGCUGGCCGACUACGAGCCCGCCGAGAUCGCCGCGCUGCUGUCGGCCUUUGUGUUCCAGGAGAAGACCGAGUCGGUCCCGCGCCUGACGGCCAACCUCGAGCGCGGCAUGAAGACCAUCGUCGACAUCUCGGAGAAGGUCAACGGCGUGCAGACGCUGCACCAGGUCAUCCAGACGAGCGACGAGAGCAACGACUUCGUGUCGAAGCCGCGCUUCGGCCUCAUGGAGGUCGUUUACGAGUGGGCGCGCGGCAUGAGCUUCAAGAACAUCACCGACCUGACCGACGUGCUGGAGGGCACCAUUGUGCGCACCAUCACCAGGCUGGACGAGACGUGCCGCGAGGUGAAGAAUGCCGCGCGCAUCAUCGGCGAUCCGGGCCUGUAUCAGAAGAUGGCCGCCGCGCAGGAGUUGAUUCGCCGGGAUAUUACCGCCGUGGCGAGCUUGUACAUGUAAAAACGUCGAGAUUUCUCAUCAUGGCAUGGGUACGGUACUAGUACCUGUAAGCUAGUUACCUUACUCGGUUUCGGGAGUUUUUACGGCAGAAGUUGAUUGUUGGGAUAGAUACUUGUGGUGCUGUUAUGACGGAUACACCAUAUGACCAUGAC